UCCUCCUGCUUAUUCCGAUUGUUUUUCCGGCAGCCCAAUGAGUAUGGUUACCACAGCGAACUUUGUUUCCGCCGUCGUUGUGUUUGUUCUUCUGUUAUUAGUUCUAUCCCCGGCCACAUCUUCAGCGAAAAAGCCCCAAAACUACUAUAAUUUCAGCGGCUUCAGUCCAGCCCAGAACCUUGGCGAGUUCGAUUUUUCAGGCGAUGCAUCCAUCAAUAGAGAAGCCCUUCAGUUAACACCUGACACUACCAACAAGGUCUACGAACUCUUAAACAAGUCCGGGCGCGUCAUGCUUCCCGAACCCUUCAAGCUCUGGGAAGAAUCUUCUUCCUCAUCAACUUCACCACAGAACAAGAGCAGCAGAAACUCAUCAACGGACUCGGAUAUUGUCGCCUCCUUCAAUUCCACCUUCGUAAUAAACAUUUACAAACUUGACAAGGAGUCCGUCGGCGAAGGCUUCGCUUUCCUCAUCGCCCCAGAUCUUGAUAUCCCGUCGGCCAGCUUCGGCCAGUGGUUGGGACUCACGAAUGCCACCCUCGAUGGGAACUCAUCCAACAAGAUCGUCGCCAUUGAGCUCGACACCUUAAAGCAAGACUUCGACCCAGAUGGGAACCAUAUGGGUCUCAACAUCCACAGCGUCAAUUCCAUCAAGGCGGUGUCGCUCUCCGAUUUUGGGAUCGAGAUUGCGCCAGACGAACCGACGAACUACUCCGUGUGGGUUCAAUACGACGGAAGGGCAAAAUUGAUGGAGGUUUUCAUGGUCAGUGAGGGUUCGGAGAAGCCCCGCAAGCCGUUUCUAAGUGAGAAGAUAAACCUCAAGGAUUAUGUGAACCAAUACUCUUACAUGGGGUUCUCAGCAUCGACAGGUAAUCUGGCGCAGUUGAACUGCGUGCUCAGGUGGGAGCUAUCUGUGGAGGCUCUGCCGGAAAAGAGGGAUCUGAACUUGGUGAAGAUGGUGGCUGGGGUGGUAGGUUUGGCAUUGUUUGGGAUUGGUGUUGUGGGGAUGGUUUACUACUUUAACAAGAGGAGGGUUGUGAACAACCCCAACAUUUUGGGGGCGCUGAAGAGUUUACCAGGGAUGCCCAGGGAGUUUAGAUUUGGGGAUCUGAAGAAAGCUACCAACAAUUUCGACGAGAAGAUGAAGCUUGGGCAGGGUGGAUUCGGGGUAGUCUACAAGGGGGUUCUCCCGGAGGAGAACAUUGAAGUCGCGGUGAAGAAGUUCUCCAGGGAUAACAUGAAGGGGAUCGAUGACUUUCUCGCUGAGCUUACCAUCAUCAAUCGUCUCCGGCACAAACAUCUAGUCCGACUACUUGGUUGGUGCCAUAAGAAUAGCUUGCUUCUGCUGGUGUAUGAUUACAUGCCAAAUGGCAGCCUAGACAGCCAUCUAUUCGGUGGGCCCGAGAAGACAUUGAGCUGGGAGCGUCGAUACAACAUCAUAGCCGGUGUAGCUUCGGCCCUACACUACCUGCACGAUGAGUACGAUCAGAGAGUAGUCCACAGGGACCUCAAGGCCAGCAACGUCAUGCUCGACUCCAGCUUCAAUGCCCGCUUGGGAGACUUCGGCCUUGCCAGGGCCCUUGACAACGAAAAGACCUCCUACGCCGAGUUGGAGGGCGUUCCAGGCACAAUGGGCUAUGUGGCACCCGAGUGUUUCCACAUGGGCAAGGCUACCACCGAGUCCGACGUUUUCGGAUUCGGCGCCGUCGUCCUGGAGGUGGUCUGUGGUAAGCGUCCCUCGAUGAACAUCGCUGGUUUCCAUUUCUUGGUAGACUGGGUCUGGACUCUCUACCGUGAGGGUCGUAUUCUCCAUGCUAUCGACGAGAGGCUUGUGGAUAACUACGACGCACAGCAAGCCGAGCGUCUAUUGCUCCUGGGCCUCGCCUGUUCCCAUCCUAUUGCUGCCCAGAGACCCAAAACUCCGAUCAUCGUUCAGAUCAUCUCAGGAUCCGUGCCACCACCCGAUACGCCGUACAUCAAACCUGCCUUUGUAUGGCCGGCGACGGGUUUCAGUGUUGAUAUGGAAAGUUUGAUCACCGAUAAGUCUGACAAUACUUGUUCUUCUGAUGAUGGGUCCCAGAAGUCGGAGUGGACCCUACACUGCGAGACACGGGAGAACUAUGUGAGGUAUAGUGACAUCUCCUUGGCUUGA